UUGGCUAAAACUGCCGAAAAUUAUUUUUUUUACUUUCAAACAAGGUUUCAAAGUCGAAAACUUCAAAAUGACAAGAUCCACCAUCUCAAAAAUAUAAAAGUAUAAAUAAAAACAAAAUGAAAUCCCAUGCGGUUCCAGAAGCAGAAUACGACUUUAAAUCGCUUAUACAAAGUCCUGUAAAAAGAAAAGAGAAAAUACAAAGAAAUAGCGCAAUGUCUUCAAAAACUAAGGAUUUUAUACAGAAGAUCUGUUACAAACAAACUGCAUCGAUUGAUAUGACACAGUACGGUUUUAUAAAUGAUAGUAAAAUGAACCCCAUUAAUUUAAUGAUGAAACCUUUAAGAGCUCAACUGGAAAAGAUUUGCGUCAAAGCGAAUAAGAAGUCAAGUUCACCAUCACGAUCACCACCUCACAAGGAGCCGAGUCCAUCUGGAUGUAUGCCCAAAUCAGCUCUCAGUAAUCCGAAAACUAAAUACAUUUCUCGUCAAUUAGAAGACGUUCAGAAUGAAGAUGCACCAACAGUCAAGAAAAAGAAAGUUACAUUAAUUGUGCCAUCCAAGAAGGUAAAGAAAAACCUAACUGUGAAAUGGACUCCUCGACCUACACAAAAGUCUGAAGUAUAAAUACAAUUUUAAUAAAAUAUUUUAUUGAAGACGUAUUUGUAUUAUUUAGAA